AUGUUGCUUUUUGAAUCAUAUGAAAUAUUAGGUAUAGGUUUCUACAUAUUUGGAAACAUCAAUACCCUAAAAACAAGCUCUCCACUGUGGACUAACAUAUCUAAAACUUUAGAAGAUAAGGCUGCCAUCGGUUCCAGUCUUACACUGAAAUGCGAAAACCACUCGGAUCAAAUUACUAUGAUAGUGACACCUGAAGACUUUCAAAAGGUUCCAGAGGGUGGUUGUUUAAUGAAAUGCAACCAAAACUUCCGCGCUUGCGGUCAUCCCUGUCCUAGGAUGUGUCACGGAUACGAUCGGGAACACAUUAAAGCCGCAUGUCAAUUAAAAUGUGAAAGGAUAAUCUGCGAUUUGGGCCACGUGUGCCCACUGAAAUGCGCUCAAGAGUGUAAACCAUGCACCCAAUUAAUAGAGAAAACUUUACCGUGCGAGCAUAUCAAGCAGAUAUUCUGCCACCAAGAGCCUGAUGAUCCCAAGAUAGUGUGCACCACCACUGUCACUGUAACCCUGGCUGACUGUGGACAUGAGGUCAGUUCUUUACUUCAAUCGAACACAUCAAGGAAAUUUAGAGAUAACUCAUUGGAUUGUAUUGUCUCAUACUUGACUGACAGAGUGCAGAGGGUUGAUAUCAGUGGCAAAAGAUCCCCUCGAUCGAAAGUUAAGAUGGGUGUUCCGCAGGGGUCAAUGCUUGGUCCUUCCUUGUUUUUAAUUUACAUAAAUGAUCGUAAGGGAUAA